GUGGACGUGGGCCUACCUCACAAAGGGAUAAAAUUUUAUUAAAAUCCAAAAUCAAAUGCUGUAAAUUUUCUUGAAUCUAGGGACUUUUCCAAUAACUGUGGUGGCAACACUGGUCAUGGUAGUCUGUUUUGUUUACAAACAAGUUUGUUUUGUUUUACGGGCGGUGUCGUUCAGCUCAGCUGUAGCAUAGAAUAAAAGCAAUCGUGAAGUUUUCCUUGCAGUUAGUUUGUUCUUUGUUUGAGUUCUGUCAAUAUUUUUGAGAAACCACUAUAGACUACAAGAUGGGUGUCCUCCCACAUCUGAAGCAAGCAGGUCUUUUUCGCUCACCCGUGGAAUCGACUUCUAAAUCAAUUGGAUUUACUUUCCUGACUCUUCGAUGUUUGGCGAUUCUCAUAGUGAUUGCCUGGUAUACUGUGCUGGAAGAAAUGAAACCAGAUGCUGGUGAAUCGGAGAAACAAAAGGAAAUUGACCAUGCGGCAAAAACCAUUAUUGAAAUAAUACUUGCUUAUAAAUUGGUAGUGAUAGUGAUUCUUGCCUUUUUUGACGUGAUGAUGCUCAUUGGCAUUUACAAGAGACGACCAUCAUUUGUAUUUGCGUGGGUUGUCGCCCAGGUGAUUGCAGUAUCUUUCGCAAUCUUUGUCGUGAUUGGUUUGCUUAUCUUUGAUGGGUACAUUGGAGUCUUCCCAUAUUACACUCUCAAAGCUGUUAUUGCAAUAGUGGUCACUAUCUACUCCAUCCUCGUUGUCAACAGUCAUCAUACCAAUAUGAAAUCAGAAUCAACUUUUCUGGCAAAUACGAUUUAAUUAUUGAAAAGAAGCAAUCAACAUUGGACAUUGGAGUACCUAGUUAAUAAGAAUCAGUAGUAGCAUUCAACAUUGGGGUAGUUAAUAAGAACCAGUACUUAUAAGACUCAGUAAACUUAAUGGAGUUUCAAUAAUAUUGUAUUUUGUCGAUUAUAGUAGUUAUUCUUUGUCUUUAUUAAAUUUUAUAAUGUAGUCUAAAAUUGAAUUUUCAUUACCGUACAACAUGAUUUAUGUGAUUGGUUUGGGGAAACCAGCUCUAAAGACAAUCUUGUCACACAACUCACAAUAUUUUCACUCUUAUUUGUUGUACAAGUUCCAACAGUUUACUCUUAUCAACAAAAUUAUAAUUUCCCUAAUUAUAGAAUAGAAUACAAAUAGUGUAAGUUAGAUUAGGUCAUUUUAAAAGCAAGAGUUCAAUGAUCAUGUAGAACAAAUAUGGUAGAUUAGUUGACAUUACUCUAGAUGUAAGGAUGAAUUCUUUGAAAAGGAAAUUGUAUAAGAUAAGAAGGCCAAAUCAAUAUUCGUAAUAUUCUUAAUAAGACUGUGUAUCAAUAAAUAAAUUUAAGAGGUUCCGUUGAAUUCAGUUUCAACUAUCUGGAUAAAUUGAACAUAUUAUUUCCUAUGUAGGCUAUAGUAGUUACUUAGUAUUGAGCUCAUUUUUAAAAGUCAAAAAGGGACUAAAUAGUACGGUAUGACUAACUUAGCUGGAAAUUUAUUUAGAUAUUUUAUACGAAUGACACUUUUAGAUGAAAGCUUUAUUACGGUAUGACUAACUGCUGGAAACUUAUUCCAUCAAAUUCAUGAGGAUAUUUUUAUAUGAACUGCACUUUCAGAUGUAAGCUUAUUCUUGUAUAGAAAUCUGCUUCAAUUGAAUAAAUUUAUUGGCCUAUUUAAUUUCAUAUAA